UCAGCCCUUUCUGAAUAGAUUUUAGCUUAAAAGUGAAAUUGUCCAGCUUACAAUGACUGAGGAUGUUAGACGCAGUGGAGCAGAUGAAGAAGCAAGAGGUCCUGGUGGGAUUUAUAAUAUGUUUGAAGUUAUGUUGGAGCUUAGUGACAAGUUGAAGUUACUGAACUAUGAAGAGCAUUUCUUAAGAAAAUACAAUGUAAAACCACUUUCUAGGCAUUAUUUUGCCUUAGUUACAAAUUCUGGUGAACAGUUCUAUGUUUUCACUGCUCUAAGUGCGUGGUUGAUUAAUGUGGCUGGUCACCAGUUUGAUAUGCCACAAGAGUAUGAUGAUCCAAAUGCAACCAUUUCUAAUAUUAUUGAAGAAUUAAGAAAAUUCGGAGUUGGAACGGAUUUUCCUCCAUCAAAACUAAAAACUGGAAGUGGAGAAUUUGUGUGCUUUGUAUUAGACCGACUUGCAGAUUCUGCUUUGCUCAGUACAGAAUUUACUUGGGACAGACCAACUUACCCCCAAGAAGAGCAAGAGGAAGAUGAUGUUAUCAUGGAUGAAGACGAAGCAGAAUUGAAGCUGGAUAAAGUUGAAGAUGAUGUCAUUGCUGGGGAGGAGUCAGAUGAAGAAGGUGCAGAACCUUUUCUUGAUCUUGGACUUUCAUCAAACAAAUUAGAAAGUGAAGGCCUAAAGCAUUCAGAAAUAAUGUUGUCUAAAACCAAUGCUGAUGAAUGGAAACUUGAAGUUGAACGAGUAACGCCAUCAUUAAAAGUGACAGUACGCACUGAUAACAAGGAUUGGCGCAUUCACAUAGAUCAGAUGCAUCAACAUAAAUCUGGAAUUGAAGUUUCAUUGCAUGAUGCAAAGAAACAACUUGACAAGCUACAUGAUGAAAUUCAACGAACACUUGAAAAGAUUUUGAGUCGGGAAAAGUACAUCAACAAUCAGUUGGAGCAUCAUGUACAAGAAUAUAGAAGUGCUCAAGAUAAACUUGCUCAUGCAAAGGAAAAGUACAAGCAGGGUAGUGGUGGAGUAACAGAGCAUUCCCGUACACUGGCUGACCUAACUGAUGAAUUGGAAAAAGUGAAGUUUGAAAUGGAAGACAGGGGCAGCAGCAUGACAGAUGGUGCUCCACUGGUUAAAAUCAAGCAAACCCUUAACCGACUAAAAACAGAGUCAGUUCAAAUGGAUAUUAGAAUUGGGGUAAUAGAGCAUGUGCUUAUGCAAGCUAGGAUAAAAGACAAAACACUCAUGCACAAAGAUAUGAAUAAAGGUUCCGAAAACACAGAAGAAGAUAGUAAGAAGUUCAUAUCCCAACUGUUAUAGUUUCUUUUUUUGUGUUUAAAUGUAAAUAGGAAGUUUAAAAUGUUGGUGCCCAAAUGAAUUUAACUGAUAAAAUAUAAUAGGUGCUUGGACUGUUUUGGUUUAUAGUGUUCUUUGUAUCGCUUCUAUGAGUAAAUCAAAGUUAAGUCAUGUAAGUCUAUUACACA